AUGUUUGGUAUUAAGCCUGAAUCUUUGCCCAAGCCUUUCUUAGUUUCUACUUCGGUUGGGGAACCUGUUGUUGCGAGACAAAUUUAUCGUAAGUGUGUGAUUACAAUAUCUGGUCGUGAGACUUUUGCUGAUUUAGUGAAAUUAGAAAUGGAUGUAUUCCCCGAUAAAUUACCAGGCCUCCCUCCCGAAAGGGAAACUGAAUUUGCUAUUGAUGUGUAUCCUGAAUCUGAACCCAUCUUUAUUACCCCUUAUCGUAUGUCCCCUACUGGACUGUGGGAAUUAAAGGUGCAAUUGCAGGACUUGGUGAAUAAGGGCUUCAUCAGGCCCAGCACGUCUCCGUGGGGAGCAACAAAAAAGGAACUGAACUUGAGGCAACGAAGGUGGCUCGAAUUGCUCAAGGACUACAAUGCGGAGAUUUUAUACCACUCUGGCAAAGCUAAUGUUGUAGCUGAUGCUCUAAGUCGUAAAUCAAUAGGUAGCCUAUUGUAUAUGCCAGUUGUAAAAUUAGAAAUGACCAGAGAGCUUUACCGCUUGGCAAAUCUGGGAGUUCGCCUGCCAAAUUUAGAAGACACUGGGAUUACCUCACAGAAUAUAUCCCAAUUGACUCUUGCCUCGGAUGUAAAGACUCAACAUAAUGAAGAUCCAGUUUUAGCUAGCAUUAAGGAAGGAGUGCAACAAAAUCGGAUCUCAGCCUUUCAACAGGAUUCCGAUGGUUUUCUCAAAUAUCGAGGUUGUUUGUGCGUUCCAAAUGUAAUUGAGCUUCGAGACAGGAUUAUGUCAGAAUUUUAUUACUCCCGGUUAACCAAAUCAGACUGUUUCUUGCCUGUAAGGACUACCUAUGCUGCUGAAGACUAUGCUAAAUUGUAUCUUAAGGAUAUUGUGCAUCUUCACAGCAUUCCUAUGUCUAUUAUUUCUGACAGAGGCGCUCAGUUCACGGCAAACUAUCAUGCCAAUAUCAAAAGGGCUCCGUAUGAGGCUUUAUAUGGCAGGAAGUGUAGGUCUCCUGCUAGAUGGUUUGAAGUCAGAGAAGCAAACGUAUUCGGGCCAAAUCUUGUUCAUCAGGCUAUUGAAAAGGUUACAAGAAAUCUGACAUACGAGGAAGAACUAAUUGCUAUUCUCGACAGACAAGUCCGCAGACUCAGAAACAAAGAGGUGGCUUCAGUAAAGGUUCUAUGGAAGAGUAAAGAUAAGGAAAAGAUGACGUGGAAGCUGAAGCAGAAAUAA